AUGUCACUUUUCAUGUCUUCAGAGCUGGUAAGUCUCAGGCAGAAGCAUCCGAUAAAAAAGAAAAAAGGAGAUCAUGUUGACCCUAGACGCAUCUGAUAUUUGACCCUAAAUGUAAGAAGCAAAAGCAUAACCUAGCGGGACCCUUUUCCACCCAAAUCAAAUUCGGACAAACGACAAGAGGUAUUCAAUCGCAUAGCAUGUAUCAACUGCCGAAAAAACAACUAGUUAGCAGAUCCCACUAAAAUGACGAUAUCGAAAACGUGAUCUGUCACAUGACUCACCCCCUUCUCACUAACCGAGUACUAGUUAGAGACCAAAGAGUCUAGAUCCAACAGCUACUGAGUGAACUAAUGGAUAAGAAAAAAUGAAUGAUGAAGAUAAAUAAUCAGCUUUGCCCAGAUAUUUACAUAUCACUCCACAGGAUUUGAACAGCCAAAAAACAAAAAGCCCUACUAUACAAAAGUACAAUUUCCACAACAGAACUCAAUCAUUUAUAGAAAUAUCAUCUGAAGGAAAGAAAAAGCACAAAGAACCACAACUCAUUCUCACAAUGCGAUCCACAAUCCUUACACUAUACCUCACUCUCGUCAUCCUCGCCAUUCUUCCCCCAACCACACAACUCCAGCCGUUCAUCGAGCCAAAAUUUUGGUUCGAGGCAUGGAGAGAUACAAUCAAACCUGACGCCAAACAUCCCAUGUAUCCACCUAAACCUUGGAAACCUCGACCUACCAUCGAAGAGCGAACCGAACCUACAACUAUGCCAAAGAUUGCACCACGUGAAGGAGGUGGUGGAGUGGCGGGAGCACGGGGAGGUAGCAUAGGACGGGUAAGCUCGAGUGCAGGGCGCUUCAGCUCAGGUGGAAGAAUUUCUAGCAGCAGUGCAGGACGUACUGGUAGUAAGGUUGCUGCUGCAGGAGCGGGAGGUCUUGCUGGAGGGGCUGGCGGUGCGAUGCUUGGGCCUCUCGCUGGUGGUGGUGGUGGUAAUGUCACAGCAAACGAUGCUGCAUCAGGGCCUGAAUUUGAGGGUUAUAAGAUGUGCUUUGGGUUUUUGGUUUGGGCUGUUGGAGUUGGAGCGAUUGUUUAA